AUGUCCGACUCUAAUGAGGUAACCGCGCCCAUCUUCGGUCCAACAAUGACCAGUCUGGACGAAUUCCUCGAGUUCCGUGACCUCGCCGAAGCCGUCGCCUCCUAUGCCUCCUACGCGGCAACCCGCACCACCUACAUCGAGCCCUUCCCCUUCCUCUCUCUGCCGCCCGAGAUCCGCUGCCAAAUCAUCCACCAAUACCUGCAUCUCGAGCGGGAAGCAGGCGGCAUGGCCAAGUGCCUGCACUACGACGAGUGGCGCAACGCCUGCUGCGUGUGGUACUGGCCGACCAACCUGAUAAUCUGCGACCGGCACGCAGCGACGGAGCUGCCGCCGCCGCAGUUCCCGCCGUGGCUGCCGAGCUUGGCGUACGGCUGCAAGCAGAUGCUCGGCGAGGUGGGCGUGGAGAUGCUGAAGACGACGGCGCGGUUUGAGUUCAAGUACGUGUGGUACCGCGAGUUCCGGAUCGUGCCGUGGUUCAUGCGGUUCCUGGCGAGCAUUCCGGCGAACGAGGGGUUCGAGGCGAUUCGCGAGGUCAAUUUCCCUCACGGCAGGUAUCCCUUCUUUCCUGUUUCUGAGACACUGCUGAUGGACAGCAGCGCACUGCUCAUAAUGCGCUGCCCUAACUUGCGCAAUGUGGGCUUCACGUUCCACGCGGAGAAGAUGACGAUGAAGGAUCCUGAGAAUACGUGGGACCGUGUUCAUCGGCCACUCGAGGCGGUCAUCGAGUACUAUCAGCUGCGGCCGAUGCUGGAGUGCAAGCGGUUGAAGCACAUAUACUUCGAAGGCAUCUUGCCGCGCUACUCGUCGUCCUAUCCCUCGCAGCCGUUGAAGACACUUGAGGACUUGGGGAAUUGGCUCGUGGAUGCGUUCGAGGAGAAGGGGCGGGAGGUUGGUGGUGUGGAGGUGGAGUAUCACGAGCGGAAUGGGUACUAUGUCGGCCGUAGGAAGGGUCGGAUGUUGAAGGGCUUCAAGGCUCCAAAGGCCGAAGAAGAGGCACGUGCUCAGGCCCCCAAAGUCGUCGAGGCCGAGGUUGAGGCUAUCGACAGCGACGACAUCGUCAACCAUACGCCUGUUGUUAGCUAUAACCCGUACGACCUCGACUGGAGCACCGACGAGGAUGACGACUACUGGUAG